UUUAUUAUUUUGAAUUGGAAUUGUAAUCUUUAAUAAUUAAUCUGUAUGUCACUUACCCCUGCUACAGCUUGCUUAAUAAAUGUAUCUUUAUAAAAUUCUAUAGAGGUUGGUGGACAUUGAAAUUAAUUGAGUCACUGAUUAUUUUAGUUUCUCCAAUUAAAGUAAAACCAGUGUACAUGAUUCCAGUAAUGUGGUGGCUUCGGACUUUCCUUUAGUGAGAGUAAAAAUAACGACCCUGGGACUUGAAUCUAAGUCCCUAAAUCUAAUCUAGCCGUUUCCAAGUGCAAGGUUAUUUAAGAGAGAGGGCUACCGUUAACAGGAGUGGUUAUUGGGACUACGCAGCUGUGUGGGCUACUCAGUUGACUGUUCCUUAACUGUAGAGGGUCGUAACUUCUGGAUCGAAGGUAGUUAGAGCUAGACGAGUCUCUCUCGCCACCGGUUUAAACAGAUUAUCUCUAAUAGACGUUCUGUAGGGUAAGACCCAAGUCUUAGAGAUAUUCCGGACCCGUUAGACGGAGAACUGGUCAGUAGUCAGCUCAGAGGAGUUGUGAGGAGUGGGCGGGGCUGACUAUUGAGUGAUUAACUCUACACCAGCCACCAGAAAACAAGACCUGGGUGAAGCUCUAGUCUCCAUGAUAGUGAAGGAUACCCAGCCUUUCACUAUUGUGGAUGACGUUGGAUUCAGGACAUUUGUGUCUAAGCUGGAUCCCAAUUAUGUUCUCCCUACAAGGCAGGCUCUGAAGGCCAUGGUGGAGGCCAAAUAUGAGUCUGCUAAGGAGCACACUAAGGCUAAAGUAGAGAAGGUGGCUGCUGUUAGCCUUACAUCAGAUAUGUGGACAUCCAUCAACAUGGAUGCCUACCUGGCAGUGACAUGCCACUUUGUGGAGGAGAACGAAAAGCUGAGCUUGGUGUUGUUGGGAGUGCAGACAUUCCCCCAGUCUCACACUGCUGAAAAUAUUGCUUGUGUGAAAGCCUCCCUGAUGGAGGAAUGGGGAAUCUCAGGCAAGGUGACAUGCAUGGUCACCGAUGGUGCUCCUAAUAUGGUGGCAUGCGUGAGAGAGCUGAAGCUUCACCACCACAUUUGUGUUGCUCACACCCUCAAUCUUGUUGUGAAGAGGGCGCUUGACCAGCACCCUGUGCUCUCUGGCCUCCGGGCCAAAGCAAGGAAGCUGGUUGGUUACUUUAGAAGCAGCACCACUACUAAGGUAUGCUCUUUUCUUUUAUUCCAAUAUAUAAUGUUAAUAGUUUGUCUGUACUCCUACUGCAGUGACUUAAUGGCCUACUCUUCUGUAUCUUUAAAGGAGAAGCUUACACAAGUGCAGCUUCAGCUGGGCAUGCAAGCAACCAAGCUGAUGCAGGAGGCGGAAACAAGAUGGAACAGCACCUACUUGAUGCUGCAAUGUCUGGUGGAGUUGAGGGAGCCAGUAGGAGCGGCAUUGGCUGGAUUACACACUGACAUUCCCUUUUUCACUGCCAGUGAGUUUGACAUUGUUGUAGCGUGCCUUUCUUUACUCUCUCCUUUCUAUGACGCCACCACGGAGCUCUCUGCAGAAGAGGACGGGGAUAAAGUUAUCCCCCUCCUGAAGAUGAUAGAGAAAGCCCUUCAGGAGGAAGACACCAAGUCGGCACCCGCAGUAGCAGUGGAAAUAGGAGAGCAGCUCAUCAGACAGCUCAGGGAGAAGCUGCACAUGCUCCAGUCAAUGAGCAUCUUGUCGUUGGCUACACUCCUGGACCCACGAUUUAAACUUAUAGCAUUUUUCAGCAACACAAAAGCUGCUGAAGCAGUGAAGCGCUUGACUUCAGAGUGUGCCACCAUCAUCCGACGGAACACAGAAGAGAACACUCACGAGAUUCCCCAGGCUUCCACCUCUCAAGAAUUCACUGGAGGUGCUCAGGCCUCUGAGGAAUCUUUUAGCCUGAACACUCUGCAGAGGAAGAGACAGAGGUAA